AUGAAGAGAAUUUUUGGUGCGAAGAACAACAAAGAGCCUCCACCGUCCAUCCAGGAUGCCUCCGAUCGGGUUUCUACCAUCUCCCUUUUGGAUUCGUUUGUUUUUUAUUCCUUCUUCUCGAUAUCGUUUAAGGAAUGUGGAGAAUUAGGGUUUUGGGAGUCUUCGAUUUCUGGGAUCAAUAAAAGAGGAGAGUCAGUGGAAGAUAAGGUUAAGAGGCUUGAUGUUGAGCUCUGCAAAUACAAAGAACAGAUCAAAAGGACAAGACCUGGUCCUGCUCAGGAAGCUAUCAAGGCUCGAGCUAUGAGAGUUCUCAAGCAGAAGAAAAUGUACGAAGGACAACGUGACAUGCUCUACAAUCAGACUUUCAACCUUGAUCAAGUUUCAUUUGCUGCUGAAGGCCUCAAAGAUGCUCAACAAACUAUGACAGCGUUGAAAUCUGCGAACAAGGAGUUGAAAGGAAUGAUGAAAACCGUCCAGAUUCAAGAUAUAGAUAAUUUACAAGAUGAGAUGAUGGACUUGAUGGAUGUGAGUUCUGAAAUUCAAGAGACACUGGGUAGGAGCUACAAUGUUCCCGAUGAUAUUGACGAAGAGGACCUCAUGGGCGAGCUUGAUGCUCUUGAAGCUGAUAUGGGAAACGAGACUGAAGCAGACGGAGUGCCUUCCUAUCUCCAACCCGAUAUGGAACCGGAUCCUGCUGACGAACUGGACUUGCCUCCAGCACCAAACCGGCGUACAGGAGCUCCACCUGGACGAACUCAGGCUGAGGAUGAAUGGGGAUUACCGGCGGUACCACGUGCAUCACUUCGGGGCUAA